UAUCAAUUUAAAAAUACAAACCCCGAAGAUAGGACCGACCAGACACAAUAAGCAGCUGUGAUAAGCAGCGCUGGAUGCUGGUUUACGAGCAUUACGCAUGGACUAGCCUUCGAUGCCCUUAUAUUACCCCCCUCACGAUGCCGCCACGAGCCAUGACAAGCCCUUCGCAUGGAACUACUUCUGCGUCCUAGCUUAAAGGUCUCGUUACCAGACCACAAAAUCUUUAAAAAAAAGUUUGUGUUCAAUGUCGAGAAUAUUCAUUUUCAUAAUUCUGUAGUUUAAAAUUAAUGUUCGGAUUUAGGCGUGCUUUUUUAGAUUUUCCGAACUAUUAAACAGAAUAGAAGUAUGAGUUUUGUUGAGGUUAAGGACGAAGCAUCAGAAAGAGUUUUAAAGUUUCUAGAAAGCAAUGUCAGAAAAAAGGACCACCCUCACAUUGAAACUGAACUUAAAAAAGAUUUUCUCCUGGGAAAAAAGAGAAGUAAACAACAAAGCACUAAGAAAAACCGCAAAUCAAAGAUUAUUACCCGAAAAGAGAAAAAUAAAUUAGGUUUUUAUGACUUCCCCAGAAACUGUCUAAAGUAUUCUGAUAUGGUCCCACUAAAUGAACUAUGGAAUGGUUAUAUCAGUCAAAUGUUAGAAUUGGAUAAGCCUAUUCCAGCUCCAUUAGACAAAAGGUGGGAACAGUUUAGUCAAACAUUCUACAAGGCAGAUUUCCAUGGAAGUAGAUUGCAUGUAGUAAGAUCAAAAUGUCCAAGUUAUGUUGAUAUAAAGGGUAUAUGUGUAAUGGACACAAAGAAUACUUUUAAAAUUAUAUCUGAAAAUAAUAUUAUCACCACAAUCCCUAAAAAGGAGAGUGUCUUUAAUUUCUAUGUUAAAAAUAUUAUCAUAACUAUUUUUGGUAAACAUAUAUGUAUUAGACCAGCAGAAAGAUCAACAAAGAAAUUUAAAAGUCAUUCACAUCUAGAUUUAUGAAUAAAAAUAUAAAUAAUA